AAAGAAGAAGACAAAUGUGGAGUAUAGGGCCUUAAACUGUGUUCAGUUAACGGUUUACAGUUCCAAGCGGUUAGUAGGUGAUGGGGACGUGCUGCAUCAGCAUCAGCAUUGGGCAACAAUGUUGCAGCCAGAGUAAAAGAAUGUGACAUCCGCCGUUGCCAGAAAGGAAUUUGACAUGUGUUAUAACACAGAGUUUCUAAACCAGGUUGAUUUAAGUAGUGAAAUGUCACUUAUUUAAAAGUACAUAACUAUAGCUACUCUACCUUUCAAUCAGCAUUGCCAUGCAUGCACUCGACAAGACAUAACAUUGCAUUUCUUCACUGCUGUGGUUUAUACAAAGUUGAAUUUCCAAUAUGGUGUAGAGGUUGUUGUUGUACAGUGGACUGUUGUCAUGUCCCCGCAGUGCCUGUAGUGGUGCUGUGUGGAGUCUGCUGUGGACUGAUCUAAAAUCCUCAGCAGCUCCCAACUGCUAAUGUUUGCUGUGGAUAAUCUACAUUUACAUGCAUCAGUAUUUUCAAUGAUAUUAUAUUCGGAUAGGAGCAUUAUUAGUUUCCUAAAAUAUCGAAUAUCGAUGCACAAAUAGGCGAGCUGGUUGUAAUAGGCACUUCUACUAUAUCAGGAGCGAAUACCUUACACAGCCUAUACCAAUUGAAGCUGAUGUUCUCAAGGACCAGAGUCACGUGAUGUAUGAGGGCAAACACAUCCACUUCUCGGAGGUGGACAAUAAGCCAUUGUGCUCAUACAGCCCAAAGCUCUGCAAGCAGCGCAGACUCAAUGGCUAUGCCUUCUGUAUCCGUCAUGUCCUGGAGGAUAAGACCGCCCCCUUCAAGCAAUGUGAAUAUGUGGCCAAGUACAACAGCCAACGAUGCACCAACCCCAUCCCCAAGUCUGAGGACCGCAGAUACUGUAACAGCCACCUCCAAGUUCUUGGGUUUAUCCCCAAGAAGGAGCGGAAGAAGAAGCACGAUGCAUUGGAGGAGAUGCGCUCACGACCUCACCUGGAGUCAGUGGCUCUUAACAUAACUGUGCCCUCGCUGGCUCUGAAGGCCUCCAAUGGCCUGGACGAGCUGCCACCCUUUCCACCCUGCACCCGUCUGCUAUCCCCUCCAGAUGGGGAGCUCCUGGACCCUUUUGCCUUCUACGAGGACACUGACGGGGAAGAGGGCCCUCCUCGGAAGGGCUCCACCGUCAGGAAGAAACUACACAGUCGACUGUUGCUCAGCCAGAAACUCCAGCUCCGCCAUCACGACAAUGCCCUCCUCCAACCACCUCCAGAGCACUUUAGCCCCUCUCCUCUCACCUGCGUGCACCGCUCUUCGCCCCUCCAUCCUCAUCUUCCCCGUCAGCAGCAGACAGGACUCCUCCAGCCCCUCCAGCAAUCCACCAUGCCUUCGUUUGUCCUCCCAGGACAGCAGCAGGGUUUAUUAUGCAAGCCAGCUCCACCUCAGACUCCCGCCUUUCUGCCUGUCGGGCUGCCCCCCAACACAGCUCCCAGUCCGCCGCAGUCCUCCUGUCCCCCUCUCAGCAGGAAAGCCACGCCCAUGCCAUGCAGUAGCUGGGACAGCGCUCAGCGGCAUUUGGUGGCCAUGCGCCCGGCUGCCUUCUCACCUCCCCCUGCCUGCCUGGCCAGGUUACAGCAUCUGGUGCAGCUCUGCGCCCAAAGACAUCAGGAGCACGGAGACCUGUUCCAUCAUCUAGGGUUGGACUGGUCUGAAGACAGUUCAGAGGAUGAUGACGUGGAGGCAGAGAGAGUUCCACCCUAUCACAAUGCCUGGAGACUACAGGAAGGACACCUGCAGGACGUCUCAGAUGAAGAUGCUUGCAGCUCGCGGAGAACGCGGCUGGCUCGCCUGUGCUCAUACCUCCAGGAGAAAUACAAGCACCUGUGCAGGCAGGAGAGGGCUACUACGCGCCAGAAGAGAUACCACUAUGCCUUCCGCAAAGCCCUGCUGCACGCCGCCAGUAAAGACCCCGACUGUGCUGGCCAGUUGAUUCAGAAGCUGCGCAAGGUCUCCCAGAACUCAAGUGCGCCGGGGCAGCAGCACACGGAGACGGGAAUCUGCACUGGAAGCACCAAGGGCCAGGCCUGUAGCAGCCGAGCUCUACCCUUCACCCAACACUGCUUCCAGCACAUUCUGUUGAAUCGCUCCCAGCAGCUCUUCUCCAGUUGCACAGCCAAAUUUGCCGAUGGACAACAGUGCUCCAUUCCUGUGUUUGACAUCACGCAUCAGACACCGCUCUGUGAGGAGCAUGCCAAAAAGAUGGACAAUUUCUUGCGUGGAGACGGUAACCGAAGAGUGCAGCACCAGCAGCAGCAGCGAAAGCCGCGUAAGAAGACCAAACCGCCUGCGCUCACCAAGAAACACAAGAAGAAGAGGAGGAAAGGGCCGUGGCGGCCCCAGAAGCCCAUCCCGCCGGCGCUGCCCCAGGGGAACCUGGGAAUGCCUUCCUCCUCUAGCCUGACCAUGCCCACCCAGGCCAGCAUCAGGAGUCCCUCGACACCCGAACUGAGCACCGAUGAGCUUCCUGAUGACAUCACCAAUGACAUGUCAGACAUUCCAAACGACCUCGAGCUGAACCAGGAGGAUUUCUCCGACGUGUUACCCAGGCUCCCCGAUGACCUUCAGGACUUUGACUUGUUUGAAGGUAAGAAUGGGGAGCUGCUGCCCACCACCGAGGAGGCUGAGGAGUUGGUGAGAGCACUGCAGGCUGGGCUGAUGGGCUCCUACCCAGACUCCCUGGUGUGCCUGACCUCCAUGACGGAGCUGGCGCAGGACCACCGGGCCAUGGCAGCAGUGUUCCCUGGGCCAGGGGUCCAGCCUGGGGGGAUGGGGGACCUGCUCAACGGCCGCAUCCCCGCAGAGAACUUCCCCAACCUGGAGCUGGAGGACAACCUGCUGCACUCUGCUGGUGGCCACUUCUCCCCCGCGGUGUCACCUCAGCAGCCCCCUGCCCAGGGCCAGACUCCUCCCUCGGGACCCAGCCUCACCUCCUCCACCCGCCCAGUCCCCCGGACACACCCGCCCCACAUCUUGGCCAAGCCAGUGGCGCCCACCUCGCCUCCGCAGAGCAUCCAUUACAGCAGCGAGCAUGUACCAUCCCCCUACAGCGACCACAUGUCCUCUCCCCACGCCACCUCCUUCCAGACUGACUCUCCUCUCCUGCUGGAGGUACCAAGCCCCCCGCGCUCCUCCUGGAACAACCUCCCCCUGCCCCUCACCGACCCCACACAGUUCGGCAAUCUCAUCAGACCAGAGGGCCACCUCGUAUCCACCUCUCUGUCCACUCCCCUCUCCUCCACCUCCCACUCUGUGACCCUACAGCCCGUGGCUGCCCUCUCAGCGUUGCCCCAGAGCGGCUUGACGGGCUUGACUGCGCUCCCCGCCCUCUCGCCACCACGCGACCUCUUGACCUCCACCCAGCCCAAGCAGCAGCUUCCUCAGUUCAGCGCUGCCUUCGGCCACCAGCUGGCCUCCCACAGUGGCAUCCCCAAGGACGUGCAGCCCAGUCACAGCUCCACAGCGCCCCCCACUGGCUUCUCCAUAGCUAGUGCCACCGCUGCAACGCCCCCCUUUCCACACAGUAACUAGACCAGGCCGUGCAGUGGCUGCAGGUCAAACCGUGGACUAAAAAACUCAUUCACCCAGUGUCCAUUCAUUUCCCAUCUACUUCCAUCUGCUUCAAGUGUGCAAUGUGGUAACAGACCUAACGGUUCCCUAUUCUAUCUGAAUUUGCACAACCUCAGAUAUCCCUUAACUGUGUAAUGAUUUGGCGGUGAUAUAGCCAGUUGGCCAUCUGAAAGGGUCCAGUGGUUUGACGUAAACGCAGCUCCAGGGUUUCGCCAACAGGGGGAGACGCUGGGCAGAGUGUUUGGAGGGAGGUGGCUGGGUAGAAACAUCAAAUGUUAUUUGUCACAUGCUUUGUAAACAGGUGUAGACUAGGACUAACAGUGAAAUGCUUACUUAUGAGUCCUUUCCCAAAAAUGCAGAGUUCAAGAUGAGAUGGAUGUAGUGACACCAGGACUACAUGGGUUGAUGUAGAGGAACAUUGGAGGAAGGACCUUAGCAGAGAUUACUUAUAUCAUAGUGACGGCAACAGUGCUAGAGAAUACGUCAAUCAGUGGUCCAUUAAAAAUAAUAAUAAUGUAUUGCCAGUUUAGUUGUGUCUAACAGCCAUCAACUACAAUCCCCUGCGUAUUAUUUGUACAGUGACGCAAAUGUUUUUUAUUUGGCUCUAUAGUCAAGCAUUUUGGAUUUGAGAUCAAAUGUUUCAUGAGGCGACAGUACAGAAUGUUACCAUUUUAUUUGAGGGUAUUUUCAUACACAUCAGUUUUACAGUUUUUUAGAAACGAAAACACUAUGUAUCUAGUCCCCCAUUUUGAAGGUGUCCAUAAGUAUUUGGACAAAUUCACUUGUUUAUUAAAGUAGUCAAGUUUGGUAUUUGGUCCCAGUUUCCUAGCACGCAUCAAGAUUGUGACUCUACAAACUUGUUGGAUGCAUUUGCAGUUUGUUUUGGUUGUUUCAGAUGAUGUUGUGUCCAAUAGAAUUUAAAGGUAAAUAAUGUAUUGUCACUUAUUGUAAAAAAAACAAUAGAAUGUUUCUAAACACUUCUACAAUAAUGUGGAUGCUACCAUGGUUACGGAUAAUCCUGAAUGAGUCAUACCCCCAAGGCAUGCUCACCCCUCUCUAUUAUCAAUAAUGGGAGGUUAGCAUUUUUUGGGGGGGGUAUGAUAUUUAUGACUCUAACUUUCUCACUCAUUAUUCAUGAUUAUCUGUAACCAUGGUAGCCUCCACAUUAAUGUGGUAGUGUUCAGAAACACAUUCUAUUCUUAUAAAAAAUACAAGUGACUCCAAAAUGACACAAUACAUUAUUUACCAUUCAUUUUAAUGGGGCACAAAAUAAUCUGAAACGCAA